CUUACAGAGCACAGACCGUGCUCCCUACACCCCACCCACUCCCAUCACAGGGAGCACUUCUCCCCUCGGGGUGCCCAAGAGCUGGCCGGAUUUCUUGAGCUAGCUUCAGGAUGGUGAAGUUCACAAUCGAGGAGAUCCGCGCUCUCAUGGAGUACAAGAACAACAUCCGCAACAUGUCCGUGAUUGCGCACGUGGACCACGGCAAGUCCACUCUGACCGACUCCCUGGUGGCGGCGGCGGGCAUCAUCGCCAUGGAGCAGGCGGGCGACCAGCGGCUGACCGACACGCGGGCGGAUGAACAGGAGCGCGGCAUCACCAUCAAGUGA